AACACUGAAGUUCCCAGCCCUGGUUUCCCCACUGCCCAAGAAAUCAACAUAAAAUUCCACCUUCAUCCGCGCCCAACACUUUUGUUUGCAUUUAACCGCGAUGGGGGACAGUUCGGAUGAUGAAUACCUGGGCACCGACUGGGUGCCGUACAGCGAACGCUCCGACUGGAAGGAUGUGGAGCCUCUCGCCCAGGACGACGGCCCCAAUCCGGUGGUGUCGAUUGCCUACAGUCAAAAGUUUCGCGAGGUUUUCGACUACAUGCGGGCCGUAAUUGCACGCGGCGAGAAGAGCCAGCGCGCCCUGGACCUCACCACGGAUGCACUGCGUCUUAAUCCGGCCAACUACACAGUUUGGCAGUACAGACGCGACAUCCUGCGCGAACUGAAGGCCGAUUUGAAUGCGGAACUGGACUAUCUGAGCGAGGUGAUUGGCCAGAACUCGAAGAACUACCAGGUGUGGCACCACCGACGCGUCAUCGUCGAGAUGCUCAAUGAUCCCAGCAACGAACUAGAACUCACGGAGAACGCCCUGGUCAACGAUGGCGAUGCCAAGAACUACCACGCCUGGCAGCAUCGCCAGUGGGCUAUUCGCAGCUUUAAACUCUACGACGACGAGCUGAACUUUGUGGAUCGUCUAAUUUGCGAGGAUCAGCGCAACAAUUCCGCCUGGAACCAGCGCUUCUUUGUGAUCAAGCACCUGGGCUUCACACCGGAUCUGAUACAGCGGGAACUUUCGUACACGAUGAAUCGCAUUCGGAUUAUCAAGAACAACGAGAGUGCCUGGAACUACCUGGUGGGUGUGAUGAGACAGGGCGACAAUGGAAAGGCACGACUGAGCAGCUACCCAGAGGUGGUGGCGUUCGUGGAGGAGCUUUACCAGGCCGGCAACCGAUCGCCCUACCUGCUAGCCUUCCUCAUUGAUCUGUACCAGGAACAGGCACUCCAAUUGAAGGCCAACGAUGGCGACCAGCUGGCCCGUAAGGUCUACGGCCUGUGCGAGGACAUGGCCAGCAAGCACGAUGUGAUCCGUCGAAAGUACUGGCAGUAUGUGGCCAACCACCUAAAGAACCAGCUGAGCAAAGUUCAGAAGGAGGAGCAGUAGCUGCAGCAGAGUACAGGUCCGAAAUUCUUUUUUGCUUAGUUUUAAACCACAUACGACGUACUUAGGCCUUCUUUAUACAUAAAUAAAAUUAAAUUUACCAGUCAAGCGAGUGUCUAGAAUGUUGCAAAACGCAACCUCGUCAUUGCCACAUGUCAUCAUGGGCGGCCUGUCUUUUUUGUUUGCGGCAUCUGUCCCACAUUGUUUAUCUAAGUGAGCCGUUGUGUUUGUACACGUAAAUUUCAUUAACAAUGAGCAGAUAAUUUUAGCGCAGUGUGUACGCCAGCUGAGGCCAUUCAGCGGUUAAAGUGAGCUCGUAAAUUAUUGAAGUAAUUUAAUGCUUUUAAUGCUAGGUUUUAGGAAGAGCUUCUGUUUUGUGUGCAAAUAGAUGUGGGAAUAUUUGGACAGAAAUGUGAGAAGCGUAGCAAAUACUUGAAUGUAAAUGCCUUUUCUAGAGUAGAAACCUUUUUCCCUUCAGUUAUCUUGGUAAUCGUUAUCUUUUUCGUCAGAGACCGGAAGAACCCUCAGUGUGCUGUCUCAAUAUUGUUAUUUAUUUAAAUUUGCUUCUUUUAGUUUUUUUUUUUUCUCAUUUGUUUUUAGUUCGAGUACAUACAAUAUAGCAGUUGUAAUAUAUAACUUUUUCAUUAAAUUUGAUUUUAUUGCAUA